AUGGGUGGAUUUCUAAGCUACUUAUGGUGGGGCGGUGAUCCCGAUGAAGUGAACCCAGUUUCGGGUAUGACACGAAGGGAGGUCUACGCCGUCCAGCGCUCCUGGGCUCCUGUUUACAAAGACUCCGUGGCUACUGGCACUGAACUGCUUAAAAGAUUCUUCCGAGCCUAUCCUCAAUCAAAAGAGUUCUUUAAAAUGAUAAGAAAAUUGCCCGAAGAAGAGUAUGCCCAAAAUUUCCAAUUUAAGGCACACGUCAUCAACCUGAUGGCUGCACUCAACCAAGCCGUCACUAACCUAAACCAGCCGGAGGUUGUCGCUGUUAUGAUGAACAAGCUUGGGGAGUCACAUCGUAAGAGAAAAAUUCAAGAACAAAAUUUCCACGACUUAAAAGAAGUCAUUGUAAAGAUGUUCAUCGAAGUAUUAAAACUCGACGAGUCGACACUUGGCGCGUGGGGCAAGACUGUUGGCUUUUGGUACAAACACAUCUUUGAAACACUGAACUCGGAAGAUGAGAGCAGAUAA